CCUAGGGUGGAAACGUGUAAAGUGAAAAGUUUCACGUGAACUCGUGAUCAUGUAACUCGGUGAAAUGUGAAAAAACGUGGAAAAGUGAAACUUUUCUCGUGAACUUGUUACCCACACAGCAUAGAAGUUUCAAAAAGCUUUCAGAAAGGUUUCAGAGACACAACAGGAACGUUAAACCUUUCUGAGAUCUUCCUGAAAUCUUUCUAAAAGCUUUUUGAAACUGCUGUGCUGUGUGGGUAGCCAUGAAAUGUGCUGGCGGAAAAUUCAGCAGUGCAGCUGAAAAGAACAGACCAUUGGUCAUAGUUUUGUGCCACGAUCAGAACGAAUGGAAGUUUACAAAUAUCUUUGAUAUUAUCGAUGAAAACUAUAGACAAAGGAAAUAUAUAAUGAUGUACGAGGAAAUCCUUGAGGAUGCUCAACAAGUCAAAAGAACUUUGAUGGUAUUGGGAGAAAAUGUUGAUUUGAAUGCGAUAUGUGAACUGCUACAAAAUUCUGGUCCUGAUUACAAACUGGAAGAUAUCAUUAACAUGAUUACGGAAAACUGGAGUUCUGACCGUCAAAACAAUUUGGAUGAAGCAGGAACUCCUAUCGUAGAUUUAUCAUCUAUCACUGAUAAAUCUGUAAUAUAUGAUGAUCCCACAAUUGAAAAUAUACAAGAAGAAUAUGCUGAGAUAUCGGAUGCUUCUUCAGAUUAUGAUGACAGAGAUGAUUAUUAUGCUUCCACUAAUUGGGAUGAUAUUUCAGUAGUAGAUACUGUAACACGAUCAAUACCAUCUCCUUUAGAAGCAUGUGAUAUUGCAUCAUCAUCAUCAAAUCAUAACAGUGAAGUCACAGUUAUUCCUCCUGAUGUAGACGUUUUAGAGGAAAACAAUAAUGAUCCUAAUAAUAACUUGGGAUUUCUAUUUCAAGAGUUCCCAGAUAUUUCUUCAGAUAUUGAUCAUGAGAGAAGAGAUACAAAUGUGAAGUCUUGUGCAGAAAUUGUAGAGAAACCUGAGAGUCCAAAGCCAGGUUGCAGUAAAGAUUCACAUGAUACAUUUAUACCACUUAAAUAUUCUAGACUUCACACUGAAGCAGAACAAAUAAAUGUUCUUUUACCUAGACUUAGGCGCAAUAUAAUUUACAAAACACUGUGGCAUAAUUGUAAUGCAAAAAAUCGUAUUGAGCUUACUUUAUGGGACUUGUUACCAGAGAGGAGACCUAAACCGCAAAUUCCAUCUAAACGGAAACUUUUGGAUGAUAUGUGUUCUAUGGAACAUAAAAAAAAUAUUGCAGAUAUGGCUAUAUCUGAUGAUGCAAAGAUUACACAUUCUUAUUCAGAGAAACCACAUUCUGUAUGUAAGAAAUAUCCACAUGUAAAGAAACACAUUUCAGAUGAAAUUAUAAUUGAGGAUAAUACAAUUAUUGAUACCAGUCAACAGAAUGUAGAUUCCACUACAAAAGUAAAAUUAUAUAAAACGGAUAAAUCUGGUAAUGAUGUUAAUACAUGUAAUAUAUCUGAUAAAGAAAAAUCUGCAUCAUCAGAGGUUGAUACAAAAACGGAAGAAUUACAAAUAACUGUGGAAAAUCCAAUAAUUCCGCACAAAGCAGGAGCAGGCGAGACAGUACGUCACAACCACUCUACGACUAUAUUACGGCCAUCAAAAUUAACUCUUGGUCCUAACAAUAAAUAUAUGACACUCAAAUCAUCAUCAGUACCAACUUCUAUUUUAUCACCGCCAAAAUUCAAAAUCGUAAAAAAUUAUAAACAAGUGCCACCUGCAAUUGUACCAACUCGGAAUUCUGGGAAAUCAGCUAUGUUGAAACAAAACACUGAAGAACAUGCAACUUUGGCAACAUCAGCAAACGGAAAAAACACUCAAACAUCUGACGUAAACACAACUCAGUCACUUAUUAAUCUCACAGAGAAUAAUACUAUCAUUUCGCAAGAUAAAACAGUGCUGAUUGUGAAGACGGAAACCAAGUUAUCAGAGGAUAACACAUCACACACACAAUCGUGCAGUACAAAAAAUGUACAUACUUUAAGCACUGUUCAAGACACUAAUAGUAGUAAAAGUGAGGUUAAAAAUUUGAAGCAAGAAGGAAACGAUAUCAAUACAUCUCAGGUCAUGCCUUCAACCAGUGAAGAAGUAAAUAUGAAUAUAACUAAGCAAUUAAAAGCAUUAAAACCUUUACAACCAUCUAAUAACAAACAAGAUCAAGCAUUGUUAAAUCAUAGAAUAUUUUAUUGUGCAGCUAAUUACGUUGCAGCAGCAAAUAAUCAAACCGCAAUACAUGAAAAGGCAUCAACAUCUAAAUUUGUUGCUGACAAUGUACAACAAGAAACAGAUGCAAUGAAGAAGAAACAAAAAAGUACAGAGAAUAACAGUGAUAAAAAAAUAAUAUUAAGCCAACAAGCUCUUAAAAUAUAUUACAAACUAUUACCAAUGUUCCCAUGCGUAGAUACCAAGUUUAUUAAACAAUUAUGUCAAGACUACGUUGCAGAUGAUGAUUUACUAGCUGGUGAAACAGUUAUAUUGCAAAAUUUAAUUGAAUAUUUGCUCAAUCAUAGUCAAGAACAUCCAAAUAUUAAAAAGCCUGAACCUUUACUACCAGACUCUUUUGACUUAAAUGAGCAAUAUGUCAAUUUACUGGAAAUAUUUCCAAAAGCAGAUCCUACAUACUUAAGAGAUGUAGCUGAACAAAUGUAUGAUAAACCCGAUAUGAUAAAGCAAUUUGUUCAAUCAAAACUCGAAAAUCCAGAUUAUCCAACCAGAGAACAAUAUCUGGCUAAAAAGAAAAUUACAGAGCAACAAAAACAAUAUACUACAGGCUUUCAAGUAUCACAGUUCUUAGAGAUAUUUCCAAAUCCAUUUUUGCAUUUUGAGGAUAAUAAGAGAGAGUGUCAAUUUGACAUACAUGCAGUAGACUUUCUAAAACAUCACUUUAAUAAAAUCAGGGUAAAUACUUUGCUAAGUACAUAUGCUGAAUGUAAAUAUAAUUUAAGCCUAACUGCAAAAACUUUGGGAAAACUAAAUGCUGAUAUGAAAACUAAACGGAUCUAUCCAUUAAUACAAACAGAAAAGAUACCACUUCUUCAAGAGUGUGCUUUUAUAAUACAUAAAGCAGAUUUACAGGUAUAUUUGGACAAUUUGAAAGAAAAUGAAGAGAGAGAAUUUAGAGAGCUUAAGGCAAGAAAUGAACUUUUAGAGUGCCAAUGUUGUUUCGACAAUGAAUGCAUGCCAUCAAAAUGUUCCACAUGCAACGAUGGCCAUAUUUUUUGUAAUUCAUGUAUUAUUAAGUGUACAGAUGUGAAAUUAGCAGAGGGUGAAACGCACAUCAAUUGCUUGAUAGAUUGCGGCAAUGAAUUUAAUCUUUCCAUACUUCAACGUGUAUUGCUUCCAACUAAAUUUAGCAUUCUUCUUCAAAAACGGCAAGAAGCGGAGGUAAUGGCCGCCGGAUUGGAAGGUUUAGUAUCCUGUCCAUUUUGUCAUUUUGCAUCUAUACCACCACAAGAAGAUAAAGUGUUUAAAUGUUUCAAUCCUGAUUGUAUGAAAGAAUCAUGUCGAUUGUGCAAAGAAAUUAAUCACUUACCUCUGAAAUGUAAUGAAAUAAAGUCCGACGCCGCUCGUUUGUAUUUGGAAGAGAAAAUGACUGAAGCCUUGAUACGAAAAUGUUACCGCUGUGGGCGAACGUUCUUCAAAGAAGAAGGAUGUAACAAAAUGACUUGUCCAUGUGGUGCUCAAAUGUGUUACAUUUGUGAUAAACCAAUAUCGAAUUAUGGACAUUUCAGAGGUCAAGGGACAAUGGCAUCUAAUCUCUGUCCACUGUGGAGUGAUGAUCGCCGUAUGAAUGCUGAAGCUGUAAUUCAUGUCUGUAACGAAACCAUGAAACAGAUUAAAGAAAAGAAUCCUGAAAUCGAAAUCAAUGCUAAUGCCCUUUUACCAAAAUUACCACCUAAAACUAAAGGCCCUCACGACGACGUCGCUCAUGCAAAUAUACUACCAGCACAUGCUAAUAGGGUUGCAAGACACAUUCCAUGACAACUUUAUGAAAAUAUUAAUUGUUUUCUCCUAUGUUUUGUUUUAACAUAUAUUAUUGCAUCUAGAUUUAUCUUAUUUUAUAUUCAGAUACACAAAGCGUUUCCUGUAAUAUAUACAAUUUACCUCAAGUCUGUUCCAUAUCUUAUAAAUUUAAUAUCAAUA